AUGUGUGGUGCAUGCAAUAUAAGGCACCACAGGGAUGUACUCUGCGAGCCUAGGAGGCAACCUCGUGAACAUGAACAACCACAGAAUGGGGUGGGGGUGGCGGACGGUAGCGCGACUCACGCAGCAGGUGGUGAGAAUGAAGGUGUUGAGGUAUCAGACGAGGAGGAGGACGUCAGUUCAGAUUCGGAGGGGGAGAGAGAAGAGCAGCCAAUGGAUGCAGGUGCUGUUGUCCAACAGGCAGUCCCAACAGUACUCCGUGAAGUAUUUGGCGAGGCAUUUAACAGACUCAGCACCUCAGGAACCAACGGAAACAUGCGCUCGGGGGGUGUGGGGUUAUCAAAUCCAACAGCAGCUGAGAAUGGGGGAUUGGGGGAGAGGGGAGGUGUAUCCGAGAGUGGUGGAUUGGGGGAGCGGGGAGGAGCGUCCGAGAGCGAAGCAGGAAGGGGAGGAGCAGGAGGGGGUGGGGCAUGGAGGAGAGGAGCAGCAGAGAGUGGGGCGGGGACGGCAGGAGCAGAGAGUGGGGCGGGAAGGGCAGGAGCAGCUGGGAUCGUGACAGGGAGGGGAGGAGCAGGGAGUGGGACGUGGAGGGGAGGAGCAGCAGGGAGCAGGGCAGGGAGGCCAGGAGCAGAGAGCAGGGCGGGAAGGGCAGGAGCAGCCGAGAUCGUGACAGGGAGGGGAGGAGCAGGGAGUGGGGCGGGGAGGGGAGGAGCAGGGAGUGGGGCGGGGAGGGGAGGAGCAGGGAGUGGGGCGGGGAGGGGAGGAGCAGGGAGUGGGGCGGGGAGGGGAGGAGCAGUGAGUGGGGCGGGGAGGGGAGGAGCAGGGAGUGGGGCGGGGAGGGGAGGAGCAGGGAGUGGGGCGGGGAGGGGAGGAGCAGGGAGUGGGGCGGGGAGGGGAGGAGCAGGGAGUGGGGCGGGGAGGGGAGGAGCAGGGAGUGGGGCGGGGAGGGGAGGAGCAGGGAGUGGGGCGGGGAGGGGAGGAGCAGGGAGUGGGGCGGGGAGUGGAGGAGCAGGGAGUGGGGCGGGGAGGGGAGGAGCAGGGAGCGGGGCCGGGAGGGGAGGAGCAGGGAGCGGGGCCGGGAGGGGAGGAGCAGGGAGCAGUGGGGCGGUGAGGGGGGGAGCAACAGGGAGCGGGGCAGGGAGGGGAGGAGCAUCCGAGAGCGGGGCAGGGAGGGGAGGAGAAUUCGAGAGCGGGGCAGGGAGGGGAGGAGCAUCCGAGAGCGGGGCAGGGAGGGGAGGAGCAUCCGAGAGCGGGACAAGGAGGGGAGGAGCAGCAGGGAGCGGGGCAGGGAGGGGAGGAGCAGCAGGGAGCGGGGCAGGGAGGGGAGGUGCAGCAGGGAGCGGGGCAGGGAGGGGAGGUGCAGCAGCGAGCGGGGGGGGAAGGGGAGGAGUAGCAGGGAGUGGGGGGGAGAGGGGAGGAGCAGUGAGUGGGGCCGGGAUGGGAGGAGCAGCAGGGAGUGGGGCGGUGAGGGGAGGAGCAGCCGAGAGCGGGGUAGGGAGGGGAGGAGCAGGGAGCGGGGCGGGAAGGGGAGGAGCAGCAGGGAGCGGUGGAGUGGCAGACUGA